CUCGGGCCCGCCCAGCGGCAGCCGGAAGUGCUUCAGACCCCGCGCUGUCCGCAGUGGCCGGCGCUCUCCAGGGUUCUUGGACGGUCGGAGCUAUGGCGUCCCGACAUGCGGCGGGCCGCUGUUUGCCUACUCCUCAUCAGGACCCUGCCCUUGGAGGGCGACGACCCCCAUCCCAGCUGGAAAUUCCACUUUGGCUUCUAACCUCUCCUCGCCUGAUGUUCCUGACGUCGUUCUGGACUUCUUUGAUUGAAAUGCGGGGCUCAGCCACAGGUGGUCAGAACAGAGCAGGCAGUGGGAUGGCCAGCAUCCCUGGUUCAGUCCCAGGAGGAGCGGUGCGGGCAGAAUGGCGUGGCAGGGGUCGCAGUGUCGCCGCCCAUAGGGAUUUACAGGCGGUAGUGCGAGCCCUUUGGGAAGAGCAGGGCGCCCAGCCCAUAGUCCAGGAGGACUGGGGUGUAAAGCUGGUAGAAGAGCAGGAAGAAGAGGAGGAGGAGGAAGUGGAGGAGGCUGAAGAGGACGAGGAGAAGAAAGAAGAGGCGGAGGAGGGAGACAGAGACAAGGAAGAGGACAAGAAUUAUGUGGACAAAGAGGAGGAGGAGGACGGUAAGGAGGGCGCAGAAGUGGUCGUGGGUAUCUAUCCUCCCGAGGGCAGAGAACUAGAUUCUGCUGCUGAUGUUAAAUCGGGAAAUGUUGUCCACCACCUUGUGAUACCAAAGUCCGUAUCAUUCGACACUAAAGAAGAGAGUGAACAUCGGUAUGAAAAUGCUGAUGAAGAGAAAGAGGAUGGAAAUGAGAAACCAGAAGAAGGACGCAAGCUGGAUAUGGUCUCAGCAGAGGGCAGCUCUGGAGAAUACAGUUGGAAGGCAUAAACAGAAGUGGACAGCGAAAGAAACGACGAAUUUGUUCUUCACGGAUAUUCUAGUUUUCAUUAGCCCACAAUACAAAUGUUGUUUCAAAGUUCAACAUCCCAAAAUGAUAUUAACUGACAUCUGACUUUAUUCUCACCUUUGACAGAUAAGUUUGACAGUGUUAUUCACAUUGAAAAUAAAAGCUUGUUUGAGAUGAAUAA